AUGGCUUCACAAACGUCCAAAGACGAGGAUAGCUAUGAGCCGAUAGGGCCUAGCGGGUCGGCGCCUCCGCCGCCUCCGCCAAACUUUCCAUCACAGCCGCCACCACCUCCGGACUUUCGAUUACCGCCGCUACCACCUCCACAAGCUGAGAUGAAGAGAAAUGGGUUGAAAUCAAGGACAAAAACUUUGGAUCGCUUUGCUCUGAGGCCAGGCGAUGAUGUUGAUCUCAGUUCUGACCAUGAUCGGACAGGAGGAGCGGCAUCUAGUGAUGAGAAAUUGUCAAAAUCAAUAGAUAAAUUUGAGAAAGACAAAAAGCUAGGAGAGAAGCAUUUUACGCUGGACAUCAAACCAUACAAGGAGCCUACUAUGCUGAAAGUCUGUCACAUUGUCACAUUAGUGCUGCUAGUGUUGAGUUUUCUAUUAAUGGCAUUGACAGUUGUGCAGUUCGUCGACAUCUUCGUCUGGUUACCACUUCUUGUUGGUGAAACGGCGUAA